UAUACCUAUGUGCCUCCAUCAGAGAGCACACUUGUGAGUGACUACGUGUCUAUCUGCAAGUAUUUAUAAAGCAUUUCUUUGGGUGUUUAUGCACUUUCUGUGAGGGAAACCUCUAGGUAAUGACGGUUCUCAGAGUUGGCAUCAGCAGUGAAGUCAGGGCAGACUAUCAAAGUCAAUCAUUAAUAAGCAGUUUUUGUUCUUCCUCCAAUCAGUAUGUUCCUGGGUCUUCAGGAAACAAGGCAAAUAGUCAGGGUAGAAGCAGACAGUCAGAGUGAAACUUGGUUUCAGAACAGUAGAAGCAACAAGAGGCAAAGCCUGUAAGGGGCUGGGACGGAGUAACAGUGGGCUGUAGGCAAGAAGUGCUCAUGAGGUCAGGUUGGCAUGGACACCAUCCUAGUCUUCAGUCUAAUCAUUGCAUCCUUUGAUUCCAACAAGAACGACCCCAGAGAGAGCAGCUGCCAAGUGGAACAGCUGCCCAGCUUCUUCCCAAAGGAUGUGAGAAGCCACAAGGAUUUGGUAAUAAGAGUUCUUCCAGAAAUUCACACAGACAUCAAAGAGGCUCCGUUCAACGAAAAUCAGACUAUAACUACCCUGCAGUGCCGGGGCUCUGGGAGGAGAGUGACAGUCCAUCUUGCAUAUUCAGAGAGAAGGCCAAAGGUCAAGUAUACACUGAAGAACCUAGGAGUCUUUGCUGAUCUCCAUAGAAACAGCACGGCCUCCCCAAGCUGUCACCUCAGGCCCACUUCCCAGUUUCAGAAUGGAUCCCUUCUAACAGCUUUCUUACCAGGGAUCUCUCACUGCAAGGUGAGAUCAUCAAAGAGUAGAUCUGCUUCAUCAGAGACGGUGCCCAAUACUACCACCUCCACAACUCCUAGAAGUAAAGAACAGAAAACUACAAGCACUGGGGGUUUUCCUAGCCCUUUAUCACAAGACACAGAUGUGUCCUUAAAGAAGAGGCAGAAAUGGAGUACUGUCAUCAAAGCUCUGAUUGCUGCUGCUCUGCUGCUUGGGGGAGUCAUCAUUAUAGUGUUUGUCAUCUUCGAAGUCCCAUGCCCAAGUCCAUGCCUCAGAGCCAGAAGGCUGUGCCAAUGGCAAUGGCUAUGGAGAAGGGAAAGAAAGGAAGACCAGCAGCCUGGGACAACUGAGUCCCAGUGGGACUCGCAGCCUGAGAAGGUUGGACAAGAUGCUCCUAACUCUUCAGUCUCAAAGAAAACUACAGGCGUCACUAUAACCCACCAGACAUACUUCUGAGCUCGGCUUUGCCUCACUCUGAACGCCAGUGCUGUCCUCUGCACCACCGUCUCCUUAUUGCAAAUCAUUACAGGCUGAAGCCCUCACACUUGUAUCUUCACGGGGACUUUAUAAUCAACUGUAUGCCAGGACAGUGAAGGAAGACCCUGGGUCGACAGAGCUACCCUCAUGCCCUGCGCCUGACACAGACAUAAGCCUCUGUGAUUCACUUUGUACAUCCAUAAAAUGGGUUAUCUGUCCAUCGCAGUAAAUGAAGACAAAGUCCCUGCCUCCGAGUGUUGUGAAUGACCUUGUCUUCAAUGAAAGCCGAGACACAGUCUCCAAAGAGCUGGAGCCGACAGCAUCCACGUUCCAGCUCCUCUGCUGCCCUCCCAGCUUCCCUCAUGCUCACUGGCUGUCAGCGAGCUUACACGGGGCAUCUGCUCUCCCAGGCUUAUGAUUUAAUGACUUAGCCUCUGUCAGUAUACCUGAUAAAGAGAACCCAGCAUUAAGCAUCCCAAAAGCCCUUCUAAUAAGUCAUUCCUGAAGGGUUUCAGGACAGCAGAAUAUAGCAUUGAAAUGAGAUUGGAAAAUUCAGGAUUCCUAAAGGAGGUCUGAUAUUAAGCCUUUUCUUUCCUGAUACUGUGAUUUUGGACCAAGGUCCUCACAUUGCAAGUGCUAUGCCACUGGGAUGUAACUAAGCCCUUUUGUAAAGGUUACUUUUAUUUUGAAAGGUAGGUUCUCACCAGUUACCCAGAACAGGAACUCUCUUAGUGGACCAAGAACUUUCAACUCUCUUACUUUAGCUCCCAGAGGAGCUGGCAAUACAACUGUGAACCACCAGG